CGUGGGGGUAUUGCCUACCCGGGCGGAGUAAUUCGUGUCGGUGGCCACGCAGUGGAUGAGCGCGUGUGAGUGCGUGCUACGGCUGCUGCUUGUCACUCAUUGUGCCGUGAACACGGGAAGCGACAAGGACCAAAAUCCCGUCCGGUAGCAGUUGUCGUCCCUGAGAACGUCUCUCUUUACCUCUUCUCCCCCCCUCCUCUCUACAUCCGCCCCCCUCCUCCAUCUCCUCUGCUCAGUAGAGACACCUCGCUUGUUUUUUUCUCCCCCCCCAAAAAAAGUGCGUCUGCUCUUCGAAGGAGAAUAUCUGUGACACAUUACAAUGCUUCAAAUACGGGACCUCGUCUGGGGAUUGCUGUUCGCCGGCUGUGCAGCCGCCAUCCAGGUGCAAAUCACUCCAACACAAGGAGAGAUCAGCGUAGGAGAGUCCAAGUUUUUCCUCUGCGAAGUGGUUGGAGACGCUAAAGACAUCGACUGGUUCGCCCCCAGCGGGGAGAAGAUCCUCCCCAACAGGCCGGACAUCAUCGUGUCCCGCACCGAUGAAGCCACGGCGACACUCACCAUCUACCACGCCAACGUGGACAGUGCCGGGAUCUACAAGUGUGUGGCGAGGAGCGGGGACAAGGAGGCCCAGGCCACGGUCCAAGUGAAGAUCUUCCAAAAGAUCACCUUCGACAGUGCUCCCAGCCCACAGGAGUUCAAUGAAGGCGACGACGCUGACAUCGUCUGCGAUGUGGUCAGCUCGCCGCCACCCGCCAUCAUCUGGAAGCACAAGGGCUCUAGGAUCCAGGUGGCCAAAGACGUGCGAUACAAGAUCAUGGAUAAUGGCCACCUGCUGAUCCGCGGCAUCAAGAAGAUAGAUGAGGGCAUGUACAACUGUGAGGCCCGCAUCAUGGCCAGGGGAGAAAUAGAUUUCAGGAUGAUCAAGGUCAUUGUUAACGUGCUCCCCACCAUCCGCGCCAGGCUGUCAGAGGUCAACGCUACAGCAGACAUCGCUAGCUCUGCCCUGCUGGCCUGCGACGCAGACGGCUUCCCUGAACCCUCCGUCACCUGGACACAUAACAACGUUGUCCUUGAAACCGGUGAUAAGUACACGCUGAGCGACGACGGUUCGGAGCUGCUAAUAAAAAGUGUCAAGAAAGUGGAUGAAGGAGAUUACACUUGCAUCGCCAAGAACAAGGCGGGAGAGAAAUCCGAGGAAGUCAGCCUGAACGUGUUCGUGAGACCCAGGAUCACCUAUCUGAAUAACCAGACCGCCUCAGAGUUUGACGAACAGGUCACCCUGACCUGCGAGGCCUCGGGCGACCCCACACCCGCCAUCUCCUGGAGCUUCCAGAACCGGGUCUUCACUGAAGGAGAGCAGGCUUCUUGGACGCGACCAGACAAAUACGAGAGCCUUGAUAGAAAUAUUGUGGUACGCAGCCAUGCCCGGGUGUCCUCGCUCACCCUGAAGAACAUCCUCUUCACAUACGCCGGAGAGUAUCUGUGCACGGCCACUAACUCCAUCGGCCGGGACAACAAGCACAUGUACCUGGAGGUCCGCUAUGCUCCAAAGAUCCUGGGCACAGUGACGGUGUACACAUGGGAGGGGAACGCGGCCAACAUCAGCUGCGAGGCGGAGGCUCACCCCGGCGCCUCGGUGGUUUGGUCCAGAGACGGCCUCCAGCUGCCCUCCGCCAACACCACCAACGUGAAGGUCUACAACACGCCCACCAUCAGCUACCUGGAGAUUACCCCUGAUUCUCAGUAUAACUUUGGGACCUACAACUGCACAGCAACCAAUGCGAUGGGCUCCGAGUCCAAGGAGUUCGUCCUGAUCCAAGCAGAUGUGCCGUCAUCGCCAGAAAUCGAACUAGUGGAACCUUUCUCCAGCACAGCGGUGGUGUCGUUUGAAGAGCCCGACUCCAUGGGUGGAGUUCCUAUUAUCAAGUACCGAGUGGAAUGGCGUUUGCCCGGCCAGGACUGGACUGGCAAAGAGUACCAUGCUGACGACGAGAUGACCACGAUCACCAUCGUGGGCCUGAAGCCGGAGACCACCUACGAGAUCAAGAUGUCGGCCAUCAACGGCAAGGGCGAAGGCGAGAGCAGCCCGGCCACCACCUUCACGACCCAGCCAGUCCAGUAUUCUUUCGCAAUGUCAUCAGAGACGUCGGCCCCUAAUGCCGUCACCAGUGCGGCCCUUAAAGGGGAACCCACUGCCCCCAAACUGGUAGUCAAGGUCCAAGGAAGGGGCAAUACUCUUAAGGUCAACUGGAUCAAGCAGGACGACGGCGGUUCCCCCAUUAAGCACUACCUGGUCAGAUACAAGGCUAAGCACGUAUCCGACUGGAAACCUGAAAUCCGCGUUCCCCACAACAGCGAGUACGUGACGCUGAGCGGCCUGGACUGGAACACCGAGUACGAGAUUCACGUGGUGGCCGAGAACCAGCAGGGCAAGUCGGAGCCCGGCGUCAUCUCCUACAGAACGGCUUCGGACCCCACCACCAUCCCAGCUACCCUUGGUUGCCGAUGUGUUACCUACAGCCUGGCAGCUCUUCUGCUGUCCAUGCUGACUGCGCUCUGGCUCUCAUAAACUGAUUUUGUUCAAGGAGAAAGAGGAUAGUCUGAGCCUUUGAAAUCCUUUGCUUUCUAUGCCUUUUUGACCCUUGUGCAGCCACACGCAAGAUGAAAAAAAAACGAGAAAAAAACAAAACAAAGAGUCAAGACAUUGGUUUCAUGACGUUAUUACAGGGUGCUCAGCACUUGCAUCGUUCUCAUAUUUUGGGGAUCUAGAUUCUGUUGAUAUUUUUGUUUUCAUCGGUUUUCAUGUUGUAUAUGAAUAGAUUUGGAAAGGGAACAUUUUUAGGAGUCGGACCUGGGUGCUCAGUUGGGACACUGCGCAGAGACAAAGUGUUGCCGCUUUGUUUUAGAUACCAUUAGUAACACAUUCAUAAUGCCUUAAUGUAAUCGCGAGAGGGGUGAGAUGAAUAGAAGAAUUACUUUACACUGUUUGAUUACGUCUACAAUAUGCUAACCAGAAAUGGCAAUUGUAAAGAGACUUUUAUUUUGGAAUUUAUUGCCGAUCAAACAGAGACAUCAUUCCCCUGUGAUGUCACAAAGGACAUUAAAGCAUGACCACUGCAUGAGAGCUGACAUUAGGCAUGAUCCAGUAUUCAUUGAUGUGCUAUGCAGCUGCUUUGAAGCUCCCCAGUCAAGCAUUAUGAAUGUGUUAAACAGGUGAAGAGUAAACAUGCUGUGCCUAAUUUCAGUUUUUUUGGAUACAAGCUUGAAAUGUCCUGCUGUAUUAGGAAAGUAAAAAAAAAAAUAAUAAUAAUAUGGAAAAAGAUGUGUUGGUUUUGGUCAGAGUAUUCAUUUUAAAAUGUUUAUUAUGCUCACUUUCCCCGCCUGGUCAGGAGAGGACGAAAGGUUGUGCAGAACUAAUCAUGUUUCGUGACAAAGUGUACAUACUCUUUACAAACUGAUCUAGAAACUAUUCAGCUGAGUUUUUUGUUUGACGGUUCAUGUUCUGUUUUGACCUGAAAGCAGAAAAAUGUCUAAAACUGCAACAGCUGUUAAACACUAAAAAUUUCAUUUUCAUAAUGUAAUAUUAUUCUAUUCUCUGAGACGUUUUUGUACGUACAUAUCAGUGUAUUUCCAUGUAACCAUUGUAGGGUUGAAAUGAAUUGUGUUUUGUUUUUUCUUUCACGAAAGUAACGGCUUUCUGAAGCUUUAGUGACUAAACCUAUUAAGACGUGUGACACAGUGCUGACUUGUACUUUACCUCGAUUGUGAACUUGAUUUUAGCCAUUUGUUUCAACAAAAUGACUCUGCUCUGCGUUCCGUGUUGCAUUACGUCGUUCACAGCUGUUACACCCAGAUGCUGAAAGAUGGGAAGCCUGGCUGUAGCUUAAAAGAAGAAGAUGCAGGAUGCAUUCUGAACAAAUGGUUUAUUAACCGUAUAGAGGCUUUGCAGUAAUACAUAAAUGUGUAUACAAAGAUAGAACCACGGCAACAACGCUCUUUACUUUUGAAAGGGGACUUCUUUUUAAUGUUUAUGAAACAUAAAGGUCAGUUAUGAUGUGGAGGGGCCAUAAUGUUACACCAUUACAUACACAGGAAACCGCUAUCAUGCUGUCAUGUUUCAACCUUUUGAAAGAAAAACUAACCAUGGAGCUUUUUUUUUUUUUAAACUUUUAAUUUGUCUCAUCAGCAUCUGUUUUUGUUUUGCCUCCAUAAAAUAUUCAACGGCAUAACCGGGGCGACGCACACAUUCUGUUCCAACAUCCAACGGCUCCAUGGUCCCGGGUCCGCAUUCGGACUUUACCAUUGCCACUGAAAACAAAAAAAAACCCUGUGUCAUCUGCUUUUCAUCCCACGAUUGAAUUGUUUCUCUCGCUUCAACCUUGUUGUUGUUGACGUAGUCGGAAACAAGACAUUGGGAACAUUAGGAAGCUCUCCUUUAACCGUGGUGAGUGUGAGCGAUCGAAGCCGUCUAUACAGUUUGCAUUUGUUCAAACCUUUGUUCCGCACCGGGCUGCAGAGCUCAUGGAAGUGUUGCGAUGCAUUAAUGAAGAGACCACAACCACCUGCAGCCACCAUCAGCGACACUUUGAUGUGAGAGAAUUAAUAAAGCAUUGGUACAUUUUCAGUAACGAGA